CGUCACAAAUUGCAUCAUCAUCAUCUUCAUCUUCUUCUUUUGUAGUCCGAUUGUAAUACGAGAUGGAUAAAGUGAAGAAUCUUCUUUUACCGAAACCAAAUCCGCAGCAGCAAUUGAGAGAUUGGCAGAGACGACUCAGGCAAGAGUGCCGCAACAUCGAACGCCAAAUCCGAGAUGUGCAGAGAGAAGAGAAGAGUGUACAGAAAGCGAUUAGGGAAGCUGCCAAGAGAAACGACAUGGUCUCAGCAAAGGCACUUGCCAUGGAGAUUGUGAGAUCAAGAAGAGCUGUAAACCGGCUUCACGAGAACAAGGCACAACUUAAUUCAAUCUCAAUGCAUCUUGGAGAAAGUGUCGCAAUCGCUCGGACAGUCGGUCAUUUAUCCAAGAGUGCUGACGUCAUGAAGCUUGUUAAUAACCUCAUGAAGGCUCCUGAAAUGGCCAUUACAAUGCAAGAAUUCAGCAAAGAAAUGACCAAGGCUGGUGUAAUUGAAGAGAUGGUUAAUGAUGCUGUUGACACAGCUUUAGAUUCAGAAGAUAUAGAGGAAGAGACUGAAGAAGAAGUUGAUAAGGUUUUGACUGAAAUAGCUGGUGAAACUGCAGCACAGCUCCCAGAAGCAACCAGGAGGGAGAGAAUUAAACAACCUGCACAGACAGCAAAAGCUGCACAGGAGGAAGAAGCAAUUGCUGAGGGUGUUGAUGAUGAGGAAGAAUUAGAAGAGAUAAGGGCACGGCUUGCCAAAGUUAGGUCAUAAUAUGUUCAUUUCCUCUCUUUUCCUCUUCCUUUAAUUUGGAAAAUGUGUGUGUAUCAUAUGAAAUUGGGUUCAGCGUGUUCUCACAGAAAGUUGAUGCCUGGGUUAUAGUCCGAUCUGAAGAACAAAAAAAUAUAUAAUGAUGUCCUCGUCAUAACCAGAUUUAUUAUAGAUCCAGUAAUUAUUUGGCU